ACAUUUCUGCACCACUCAUCAAAACUCUGCGGCAUGCAGACAAGAGCCGGGGGGGAGGGCACUUACUAGGUCUGUUCAGACUAUAGGACCGCUGCCUCUUCUGGCAGUCUUUAAGUUCUUCUUUAUUCCAAAGGCUUCUGUAGUGUUUUUACUUUCAUUUGUGCUCGUUUAAGUAGCUUUCUUUAGCUGCCGGUCUUUUGCCAUCACCGCGGUGGUGCAGCAGGGCUCUCUCUAGUCUCCUCUGCUGUCAGGGUAAAUUGUUUUACACCGGCUCUUGUUGCAUCAGGCAAUCAUUUUUAUUUCACGCUCGGAGUCCAAACUUGUAUGACAAAAUGGCAAAGGAUGGAGAAAAAGGCGAGUGGAAAGAGUAUAUAUGGAACCCGAGGACGAGGGAGUUUCUGGGCAGAACGGCGAGCAGCUGGGGACUUAUCCUUCUCUUCUAUUUGAUUUUCUACAUCUUCCUUGCUGGCUUGUUUGCUCUCACCAUGUAUGUCAUGCUGCAGACCUUGGACGACCACAAACCAACCUGGCAAGACAGGCUCUCCACACCAGGCAUGGUGAUAAGGCCCCGCACAGAUGAUUCCUUGGAGAUUGUCUAUAAUAUCCAGAACACUGAGAGCUGGGACAUGUACGCUCAGGCUCUGGACAAGUUCCUGUCACCCUACAACAACUCCAUCCAAGCCCAGAAAAACCACGAGUGCACCCCGGAUCAGUACUUUCAGCAGGAAGACAGUGGCGAUGUGAAGAACAACCCCAAGCGCUCCUGUCAGUUCAACCGCACCAUUCUUGAGGACUGCUCUGGAAUCACGGACCGUUACUAUGGAUACCAGGAGGGCAAGCCAUGCAUCAUCAUCAAGCUGAAUCGGGUGAUAGGGAUGCUACCAGGAAAGGAUAGACAGGCUCCAUAUGUGACCUGUGGUGCAAAGAAAUACAAAGUGGGGAAAGAUGAAUGGAGAGAAGACACUGACAAAAUUGGACAGUUGGUUUACUAUCCUCCCAAUGGCACUUUCAAUCUCAUGUACUACCCUUACUAUGGCAAGAAAGCUCAGGUGAAUUACUCUCAGCCUUUGGUCGCCGUCAAGUUCCUCAACAUCACUGUCAAUGAGGACAUUAACAUCGAGUGCAAGAUCAACGCCAACAACUUUCCCGGUGGUAACGAUAGAGACAAGUUUGCGGGAAGAGUGUCUUUCAAGCUGAGGAUCAACACCAAUAAUUAAGUUGACCUUUUUCCCCUGAAAACUACUUCCUUCAUUCUCUGCAACACAGCACAUGCACAGAAAAAAAAUGGCAGCAUUCACACCCUUUGUAGCAUUUGUUUACAAACCCCUCCCCUGGCAUUGUGGGGGGAAGUCUCCAGUUGUGCGAUGAGUUGAGGCAAGAGUAAAAGGGUGGUAAUCCUGUCAUUAUUUCUGUCUGUGAGCAUUCAGACAAAUUAUUUUCUGUAAAUUAGUUUAAGGUGACGUCUAUUUAUACUGCAUGACAAACUAGGGGAUAUAAAGGAUGUGUUUUGAAAGUUUGCAAGGAUCAGCAACAUUACCACUAUAUUGCUGCUCCCCUCCCGCUGCCUCCUUAUAGAGUGUCCCUCUAUAUAUGAAUAUACACGAAUCACAAUACAAAAUGUGUAUUUCUAAAGUACUUAUACGGUAUCAUAACCUUGUAUCAGUACGUCUAUUUUGUUGCACUUAAAAGAAUAAUCCAACAAACUAGCAUAUAUCUCGAUGGAUGGAUGCAGAGAUGAAGCCAUUUGCAUGUGUGUAUUGUCUUUAGUGUGCUACGAGGGCAGGAGGCCCCUGCGUCCCUCCUCUCUGCUAAGUUUGAAAUAAGGCGAUGUAAAACCACUGACCACCAGGAGGGACCGCACAAAAAGAUGCGGCAAGGUCUCCAAAAAAGACACACAAAAAAAAAAAUCAACAUGAAGUUAGACAGCAGAGGUGUAGAAGUGUGAAGAGUACAGGAGAGUGUGUGUUUCUGUGUGCGUUUGUGUUUUCCGUUGACAGGUCCUGUUUCAUACUGUAGGUCGGGAAGUUGCAUGCAAUGUGCAAUAUUCAUUAAGUGGCAUACAUUAUGAAUGCUUGAGGCCAUUCAUCAGAUGACGUUUAUUAAAUAGUAAUCAUUUUGGAUCAUUUGAUAUUCCUGCCGCUUGCCUGACCCGGGAGUGGCUAAUAAAACAGAUGUUAUACAUAUCUGGGAGUUGUUCUAUUAACACUGCUGAUGCCUAAAUGACAUCAGUUAUAUUGCAGACGUUAUAACAGUCUAACCUUAAAUUAACAAGAAAUACCUUAAUCAAAUUGGGGGCCCCAAAGCUCCCACAUAGUUUCUUUUAGUCUUCCAGCCCAGUCCACCAUGUUAACAUCAUACACGUGCAGCACAAAUAAUCCUUUUGCUGCACAACGUCAUCAUCUAUCACACUAAGUUACACUAAGAAUUGCUUUCUUGUGUCUCAGUUUUAACAUAAAUAUUUAGAGUUUUUUUUGUUCUUGGGUGUAUUGCAUCUAUUUUAUUUGUACCAGAAAUAGAUGACACUGUGACAUUUUUUUAUUGUCUUGCACUGAAGUGUGCUAUUUUUCCUAUUUAUUCAUUCUUUUGUGAAGAGGUGAAUUAAUGUAUUUACAGUUGUGGAGGAAGAGGAGGAGGAUGUAGAAAAUGUGUUUUUGUUCCCUUUGUUUCAUUCAGAUUCAUGAUCAUCCUCUAAAGUGUUCAUCCAGGAUGUCAAACCAGUUGAUAUCAAAAUGUAAAGUUGCGUCUUCUUUUAGAGGUUACUAGAGAUUUGACCGACUAUAUGAAUUGUUAGUGCACCCAAGCUUUGGUUUAACUGUAGUGAGUGACUUGCGAUUGGUUCAUUGACCACAUAGUAUAAACAAAUGUUUUCAUUAGUUUGUUUUGUUGUUAAGAAUUUCACUGUUGUGUGAAUGAGUCUAAAGGAGACACUAUCAUGAUAACAAGGCCACCUCUUUCAAAGUCAUUCAUUUGAACUUAUUUUUGGUGCGUAACGUGCGUUCACUGUGCUGCACAGUCACACAGAUUUGUAAGAAGCUAAUGUUGGCUGGAGAAAUCUGUGGAGUCACACUUUCAAACUCAGGCACAUUACCUUGGCACAGCCACAGAACUGGACCAGUUCGACUGUGAUCCUGCCAUGUCAGUGCAGCGUAUGUGGAACACAAGCAUCUGUUCACUCACAUUAAGGUCUGGCUUGACUUCACAACUUAAUUUUUCUCUCGGCAACAUGUUUCGCAGCAUGCUAGCGUCUAAAUAAUAUAGAAAUUUAAAGAAAUUUGUUUUAAUGUGCUUCCUUCAUCUAUAUCUGAGGGGGUCAUUCAUAAUGAAGGAUGUGCUCUAACAGUUGUACAAGGCUGUUUUUUUCAUUUGCAUUUUCACUGAGUCUCCACUGACCGGUUCACAUGUAUUUCUCCUUUGGCAACACUUACUUAAUUUCACAGUAAUCUCUUAAUCUGGUCAGCUAAUCCAGAACAGGCACGCUGAACUUCUUUACCUACUUUGCUGCUCCUCCUCCUUGUGUCAAACGCCCGCUUCAAAACCCAACAAAGCGCGUUUCACUUCAUUUCAUUUCAAUGGCCCCGAGCCACUUUUGCUUACAAUUAUUAAAUCCAGUGAUGUCACAGCUCGGCCAGUAAAAUGUUUUGCUUCAUCGCCUGAUCGGACAGUCAUGUUUUACUCAUGUGCAAGAUUGCUCCUUCAACCAAAGAUCUUCCUGACAGUUUAAAUUGUAUUUAUUUGUGCUGAGUUGACACAUUCUCAGCAACUGAUCUGAGUAAGAAUCUCGUGCAGAGAUACUAGAAGACCCAGCUUGUUGAAAGGCCUCCUCUUAUAUAAUAAUGAUACGCACAAAAGGAACAUUUCACUACGACGUAAGAGUGCCUCCUGGUGGACAGACAGUGUUGUUUCCCAGUGUCACAGAAUGUUAUUUCCUCUGGUCUCCAUUUAUCCGUUUUAGUUUAUAAUUUAUUUAUUUAUUUUUUUUUUUCUGUGAUAACUUGGAGAUGUCCUCAAAAAGCAAUAUAUUUAUUUCUUGUGUGGCUGUAUGACUACAAAAGGGUAUAAUGAAAACAACACAUACCACCAAGAGCAAGGAAGGAAAGGGAAGGGACAUAUAGUGUAUUAUUAUUCAAAUGAAACAAUAUAAAAAGAAUGGCUUUGUCUAUAAAAGAAUAUUUUGUUGUAAAGAGGUUUGUUCGUUUAUGUCACCAUCUGAUCUACCUUCUCAAAGCUUCUAAGACCUUGCAGUCAAAGUCCUAAUGUAACUGCAAAGGGGCUCAAUGCAAAUGUUGGACAGCGUUUAUUGAGAGUAUUAACUCAAUAAGAAUCCCCCACCUUUAAGUUAAGUAGUCCACUUGCAUAAGACUGCAGUGAAAAGAUCGCUCAAGAAAGACACUCAUGAAAUUUGUUCCAAUGCUCUCGCCCAAACGGAUGAUAAAAUAUUCUGGAUCUUUAUUUUUUGCUCUUACUCUAUGUAUAUUUUUGCUCAUGUUUACUGCAAACCAAGAUAGAAAAAUUAAUAAAUGUCAUUUAAGGGAACUCAAA